UCAAUUUCGAGGCGCAUUCUGUACAUGUCCAUCACUAAUGUCAAUGUCAAACUAACUGUCAAAAGUCUAAUUUAAUGUCCAGGGUUUUUACAUAACAUUUCAUUUCAAAAGAAGACUUUGGUAGCAAAAAUGUCUUUUACACAAGUUGGACGAAAUGUAGGACGAUUUGCGGCAUCUACAGUCUACAAAAGGCUUGCUCUACGAUCAAUCAUUGGUUCACAGUCACACAUGUUAUCUAGAAAUACAUCCACUACUAAUUUUGUUGGCCUGUUCAAUGAAAAAUCAAAAUUUGAGAUGCAAUCGAUACGUAACUAUUCAGCUAAACCACCACUUAACUUAAAAUUAAUUAAAGAGCGGGUAUUUCUAGUAUUGAAACUAUACGACAAAAUUGAACCCACAAAGCUUUCAGAGGACUCUCAUUUCAUGAAUGAUUUGGGCUUAGAUUCUUUAGAUCACGUUGAAGUCAUUAUGGCAAUGGAAGACGAAUUUGGUUUUGAAAUUCCUGAUAGUGACGCCGAAAGGCUACUUAAGCCUAAGGAUAUUAUACGAUACAUAGCAGAUAAGGAGGAUGUUUAUGAAUAAUCUAUUUUAAUAAAAUUUAGAAAAUAAUAAAAAACCAAUGGAUUAAAACCAUUUUCAAAGUUUUUUUGUUAAAAUAAACCCAGUUUUAUAAAUAACGCAAUUGCUUGUUAUAAACGCAUUUUUAGCAAAAAAUUCAAGACCAAAAAUUGUAAAGUUCAAUAAACAAUAUAAAACACAAAUUGUUUUUCAAGAUGAAACCGUAUGUACACUAUUACUUUUUUUUUUUUUUGAAAGAUGUAUUUCAACUUAUAAUAUAAGUAAUGUAUAACUUGUACGUAGUAUGUAUGUACGCGUUUUGUAAAAGCAUAAAAAAAGUAACUGCAGAUUAUAACAUUUUCAAAAAUAGACAAGAUUAUUGUUGCAAAUUUAAGACAAAUAAAAUUAAUUUUUUGCAUCUACAAA